CUGAGAUUAAUCUCGGGGAAAGAAGUCGAGAACCCUCGUCGUCUCUUCCCUUCUUCUCCGCUCCCGCUCACCGCCCACCGCCCGCUCCCCGACUCGUCAGUGCCGCCGCCCAUGGCGAAGCGCCUACUCUCCCGCGCCCGCCUCAUAACGCUCCACCGCCCCAUCCUGCCUCCCGCGCUCACUGCCCUCCUCUCCGGGGGGCCGCCCGCCCCGACUACGAGCGAACCGGAUGACAAGGGCAGAAAGGCGGCGGCGGCCGCUCUCGUGUUGGAGGCGAGCGCCAAGAGCAGGAGGGAGGACGCCGAGAUCAGCACGAGGGAGGGCUCGGAGGACGACGACGAGGACGCCGGCCUCCCCUGGAGGAGCUGGAGGCCCGACGUCGCCUGGCUCUCCAAGGCCCUCGAGCCCGCACUGCAUCUCUACAAGCAAUACAAUUGGAAGCCUUUCAGCUCUACCGGUGGAGGGGAGAACAUCCCCGCAAGCACCCGGACAUUUAGCGAGAUCCUAAGUGACCUCCAGCGGAGUAAGAUAAGCAUAAAGGACUGGAGCCUCAGUGAUCUUACCAUUGGUCUUUACCUCAUUUACCUCAGCCAAGCUUCCGCAAAGAAUGCUGAGUCCUUCAAGGGUGUUCAGAUAUCCUCCAGUAAGAUGGUUCAAGAACUAAUUUAUCACCUUGAACUAGCAAGAGGUUGCUAUAAGGGUAAUGCAACUGGGCUUGCACGGUAUAGCAUGCUUCGGAAGAGAAAUGUUGUAAAGUUUGUGAAAGACUCUAGUAUUCUGAGACCUGGAUAUUACAUUGGCAUUGAUCCACGAGCUAAAUUGGUGAUCCUUGGGAUUCGUGGAACUCAUACUGUCUAUGAUCUUGUUACUGAUUUGAUUGCUCUAAGUGAUAAGAAGGUAUCACCUAAAGGUUUCUCAACACACUUUGGAACAUAUGAGGCCGCCCGUUGGUACCUUCGCCAUGAGCUGGGGAUAAUUAGAAAAUGUUUGGAAAAGCACAAGGACUACAAGCUGCGGUUGGUAGGGCACUCCCUUGGAGGUGCUUCAGCAGCGCUGCUAGCUAUAAUGCUACGAAAGAAGUCUAAGGAGGAACUUGGGUUUAGUCCUGACAUUAUUUCUGCUGUUGGAUUUGGAACACCACCCUGCGUAUCAAGGGAAGUUGCUGAGAGUUGUGCGAGCUAUGUCUCUACUGUUGUACUCCAGGAUGAUAUUAUUCCAAGGGUCAGUGCAGCUUCACUGGCAAGACUGCGAAAUGAAAUACUCAAAACAGAUUGGGUAAGUGUUCUGGAGAAGGAAGACUGGAAACACAUAGUGGAUAUUGUGACUAAUGCUAAGCUUGUCGUCUCGUCAAUUCAAGAUGUGGCGCGUAAACUCGGUGAUUAUGCCAAAAUUGUAACAAUAUCAGCAAAUUCUGAUGUGGCCAAAGAUCCAGCUCGUCCUCCUAACUUCACAGAGGUCUUGUCGCCGGAUGGUAAAAAUGAUGAAUUUGUGCCCGAGGAUCUCUUCCUUCCUGGAACACUGUAUUACCUACAGAGGGAUAUUGAGGAUAUAAACAGUGUUAUUGAAGAGUCAUAUACACUCUGGAGAGGUGAUCCAGGAGAGAAUUUUCAGAGGAUACUGUUGUCUGGCAAUCUGAUAUCUGAUCACAGAUGUGAAAGCAUAUAUUAUGCUCUGAGAGAUGUGCUCAAGGCACUGCCGCUGCAGGAUGAGUGAUCUUUCUUUUUUUCUCCUUUCUUUCUCAAGGGUAGCUUUUGUAGUGGCUGGAUUCUAUAUUUUGUUAUAUGCAUAAUAUCAGUUCCUUGAUCUUUUACCCAAAGGAAAGGACCAAGGAGAAUGCCGCCUGCCUUGGGGUCCUUUUGUUGUACAGUUUUAGCUGCUGUAAGGAAAUGCUAAGAAUGAUAGUGAAUCCCAAAUGGCCCAUGUAAUUUUGCAAACUUGCAA